AUGUCAACGACGACGGCCGGCUCUGUUUCAAGGAUACUCGGACGAGCUGCUGGACCUACGGAAGAACGAGGAGAGGAAUGCGAACAACUCGCGGAUGUAGAGAACAGACUACGCGGUUUGGAUCUACUGGAACAAGAAAAAGAGAGAGGAGGUAGGCGCUGGCAGCCGAAUGGGACAGGUAAUAACGCCCAAGGAGGAGGCCGGGACGGUUUUAACGGAGCCAGGAGCUCGCAAAACAGGGGCGAUGAGCGAUUUAGCAAUCGCCAGCGGCAGAUCAAUAAUACACGAAAGAACGAGGCCCAAAAUUACAGACAGCAGCCAGGUGGGAACAGUAGCAGCACCAACAACUACAAUAACAAUAACAAUCGUAACUACAGGGAAAACUCUAAUAGAGGAAACGAGCGACAACAAAAUAACGGGAGCUACGGAGGUCAGUCAGGGGGCGGCUGGUCUAAUCAGGGCUGCAACCAAACCAACCAACAUAAUAAUGACGAUCGCUACCGAGGUUCACAGGGAGCGCGUUGGAAAGGGUACAUACACCAAACCGAAUCGCAAGAUUGGCGGGUUGCCGCGCGGAAUAACAACCAGCAAAGCAAUCGAAAUAGCUACAAUAAUGAUGGGUAUGACAACAAUCGAUAUAAUGACCGCCAAUAUCACCACCAGGAUGAUGGUUUUAAUAACGGCAGCAAUAGAGGAAGAUCGCCCGGGCGCGGAGAUCGCAAUAAUAACAAUGGUAGAUUUAAUGAUGCGUAUGAUCGCCAAUUUCGAAGUCGAGGCUACGAGCGCUACCAACAAUCGAAAAACUAG